UCCAGUGCGUUUGCCAUUUGCCAUUUGCCAUUUGCGAAGCACCGAGAGCUUCUCGUUGCCCGCGUUUCGAGGCAUACAAGAUUACAGCUGCCGAAACCCUUAGAACCGCAGCGAAAAUGGUGCCAAAUUCCGCGACCAUUACUCGUAUAUCUUCGCCCUUAUUCAGGUUCGCGCGCUUCUCUUCCAGGCCCCCCCACAAGCAGGUCGAAAUCCCUCCAAACCCGUUUCGGAUCAGUGGUAUCGGGAGCUCUUCUUCCUGGAAUUUCCGACCGUUGCUUCUGAAUUACAGUCGUCGUCUCGGCGUGUUUAAAGAUAUGGAUGCCGCCGACGGCCGGUAUAGAUUAUUGGAUGCUGAUUAUUUUCGAGUGUCAGCCGUUUCGGGUGGGGGUUCUGGAGGAAACGGAGGCUACGGCAGUUCCGGCGGUGGAAAUUCCGGUGGCAAAGGGGAAGGUGCUGCAGGCGAUGGCGCCCACGGCGGCGGUAGGAGUAAUUGGUCGUUUCUUUCAUGGUAUUUGACUCUUCUUGAGAAGCACCCUGUGUUGACAAAGGCCAUUACAUCUGCAUUCCUUACUUUCAUUGGAGAUUUUAUCUGUCAGGUUAUGGUUGAUCAAGUACCUUCACUAGAUGUGAAGAGGAUUUUUCUAUUCACUCUGUUGGGGCUGGUUUUGGUGGGUCCUACACUACAUUUCUGGUAUUUGUAUUUGAGUAAAUUGGUAACGUUGCCAGGAGCAUCAGGUGCUUUUUUGCGCCUUCUGCUAGACCAGUUCCUAUUUUCUCCGGCAUUCAUUGGAGUUUUCCUGUCUACAUUGGUAACACUUGAGGGGAGACCGUCACAAGUGGUGCCAAAGCUUCAGCAGGAGUGGUUUUCUGCUGUGCUUGCAAAUUGGCAGCUGUGGAUACCUUUCCAAUUUCUCAACUUUCGAUUUGUACCACAGCAAUUCCAGGUCCUUGCCGCUAAUUUUAUUGCCUUGAUAUGGAAUGUGAUUUUGUCAUAUAAAGCCCACAAAGAGGUGCUUGCAAAAUAGAUGUAGGAGUGCAGCCCCUCUAGUAAUCAGGCUUUUCAUGCUGCUGCUAAAAGAGUUUAGGUGUUGGUCGGCCCGCGAACCCAGAGACGUGCAAACUACUGUGUAAGUGUUUUGUUCUGGUAAAUGAUCCUUUAAGGUAGGUUUUGAAGGUUUGAGCAUGGGGGUAUGGGAUGAACGAUGAACGUGAUAUCACACUCACACGCCUUAUGAAUUUUGUAGAUUUUGUUUCUCCUGCUUUCCCUUCCUGUAGGGAUCCUUUGGAUUAUUCUCUAGACAGCGUAAAAGCCCACUUUGUUUUGAUCUAAAUAGUUACCAAUUUCUACUGGGAAGAUUUUCACGCAAAUGAAAAUGAAAAUGUGAGACUUGGGCCUGUUCAAUUGUAUCUUAAACAUUUUAUAUUUAUAUUUCAAAAAGAUACGUUAUUCAUUUUUAGAAAAUUUUUAAAAAAUAAAAAAUAAUGUUUAUAUAUAUAUAUAUUUUAGUAUUUAGUAAAAAUUAAAAUUAUAAAAAAUGUGUUCUACAUUUGUAUACACCCACACCCUGCCCUUGAUUUCAUAAUUUUAUAAAAGUUUAAAUUUGUUUUUUCUCCGAAUUGGGAGAGAACGAAUAGGGAAGGAGUGGUGGCUUCGUCUUUGGUUUUUGCCUUGGUAUCGCUAAAAGUAAAUUGUUUUAAGUCGUCUAUUAUUCACUGUCUGAUUUUUGGGAAGCCAAAAUAAAUAAAUAAAUAAAGAGUGAAAAGGGGUGGUCAGGUUGGAUCAAGAUGGCAGACAAAGCCAAAUCGAAGGACGAUGGCGAUGGGAGACGGGCGAUGGGUAAGGGAUGACGUACUUACUGAAGAAGAUGGGGAAGCGACAUGUAGGUGUCACACCGUCGUCAUUGAACUUUAUGAUUAUCUUGCAAGAUUAUUUUUGAUUUUUUUUCUAGGAAAAAUAAUGAAAAUUAACGAACAUUAAAAGAAAAAAGAAAAAAGAAAAAAGAAAAGGUGAGCCAAACAAAGGUGGAAUUGAUAUGCUGCUGCUGCAUGUACACAAGCAAUGAGAUUUCGGCAGGCAUCAACAGAUUCUCCUGAGCCCCCUCCCAUUGCGUCCCACUAAACCCAACCCCCUCCC